AUGUAUCAAAAAAAAAGUAAAAAAUUUUUUCUUUCUUAUUCUCUUUUCUUUUCUGUGACAGAAAAAAAUUAUGUCUUUCACGAAAGUAUUUUGCUAUCUCUCUCUCUCUCUCUCUCUCUCUCUCUCUCUCUCUCUCUCUCUCUCUCUCCUCUCUCUCUGAAUCAGUCAGGAAUCUUUUUCUUCCUCUUCUUCUUCUUCUUCUUCUUUUAUCUUCUUCUUCUUCUUCCUCCUCUUCUUCUUCUCUUUUCUUAUUCUCUUUUCUUCUUCUUCUUUUUCUCAUCUUCUUCUUCCUCUUCUUGUCUUAUCUUUUUCUCUUUUCUUCUUUUUCUUCUUUUCUUCUUCCUCCUCUUCUUCUUCUCUUAUCGUCUUCUCUUUUCUUCUUCUUCGCUUAUCUUUCUCUUCCUCUUCUUCUUCUCCUCUUAUCAUCAUCUUCUUCCACCUGAAGAAAGCCGGAGGAAACAACGGCAGAUACCAUCUCUUUGA